CCUUUAUUCUACUUUCGUUUUCCAGAUUCUUGUUGACGGACAUUUGGGUCGCGCCUAUGCCUCCAAAAACCGCAGCAGGCGGUUUUAAACUCCGACUAAAAUGCUUUUAAUCUUCAGAUAACAGCCUGGUAUGAUACUUUGGGUCAUAGACGGAAGCAGCCUGGAUUUUUCCUCGUUUUUUGUCCCUCCAACACAAACGCCAUGAUGUUGUUCACUCCUAUCAAAACUCCCGUGGGCCCCGCCGCAUGGUUAGUCGUUCUCCUGGUGGCCUGGGCAGCCGCAGACGAAACAAUCUAUGCAAAGCUGGGAGUAGAGGUUACCCUCAAACCUAAACCAGGUUCGGUCACCGAUGCGACCAAAAGCAUCACAUGGAAAGUUGGGAGUGAUCUUGCAAUGGUACUGGAUGACGGAUUCCUCACAUCCUAUCGUCAUUUUAAAGCGCGGGGCCACUUGAACAACCGGACUGGAGAAAUGACAAUCACAAACCUGACUUAUGAAGACAGCCAAGUUUACACGACAGAGAUAGACGGAGCUGUAAUCAACCACACCAUCUCCCUGCAUGUCAUCUCUCCAGUUCCUGUACCUACCAUUACUUCAUCCUGCUCUCUAGACGCAAGCACAUGUACCCUGACCUGUGAGGGAAACACGACCAGAGCCGGACCAGUGACCUACACCUGGAUGUUUGACAGUGUUGUAGUGCCACAUGACACUGCCACAUAUAUUAUUAAGGAGCACAGUUCGGAUGUCAAAGAGUUUAAAUGUAAGAUGAAAAAUCCACUCGGUGAGGAGACCAGCAAAACCUUCAACAUAUUUGAGCAUGAAGCAGUUGAAAGUGGCCCAAAGAUUUCCACAGGAGUCACAGUCUUUGUCAUUCUGCUGGUGGCUGUGGUGGUGUUAGUCAUCGUGCACAGACUGAAAGCAGGAGAGUUCUUCUUCAACAAAUCUUCUUUUCCCUGGCAAGGCGAUUUCUGGAGGAAUACCAGGGGACAAAUUCCUGUAGAUUCCAACGGCAGCACCAGUCCUCCACCUGAAGUACCAGCUGAAGAGGGAUUGCUGAAGGAUUGACGUCCAAAACCUAACCCGAGACGAAUUAAGGCCUUAAACCGGCUUGAUCGGCAUCAUCCCCGCUGAGACGGAGGGACGAGGUUCUCUAAAAGUGGCUUCUCAGAUGACGCUGUAGCAGGCUGUGGACGGGCUUCGGCCGUUCUCAGAACGUUUUUGCCGUUUUCUGAUAACUGACUUGGGAGCGAGUGCCAAGAUGUUUUGCUGAGGUGUUACAGCCGAUGUUUUUUGUUAUUGUGGUUUUGUUUUUGGUUAUUUUUGUUUCUGUUUUAGCAGGAAAACACCUUUUUAAUGCAGUUUUUUACCUUCUGAGACGUACAGUUGUGAUGUAACUUUGUUAAAUGCUAUUCUAAGGGGAAACUAGCCCAAUUAGAGGGAGAUUAAAGAACGCAGUAUCUAGGAGGGAGGUAAGGGGAGGAGACGUCCGAGCUUCUGGGACCUUGAACUAAUCGGACCUGCGGGUGCCGACGCUUUGCGAUCCGAGGCGAGUCUCGUGAACGUUUACCCGUGUCAGCGGAGGAAUAAAGGGAGGCCAUUGUGUGGGUCUGAGCGCAACAAUCGGCGCUUUGAACAGAGCUGCGGAGAGUUGUUGGUGGAAAACUACACUCCUUACAGACUUCUUCUGUUUUUGCUUUUUUUUUUUUUUUUUUUUUUUUGCUUUUUGUCACAUUUUAAAAGUCAAAACAAAUGCUGACAUGAGACAACUAGAAACUGGAAGGAAAAAUACAAAAUUGCUGUUUUCAGAUGACGAUUUCAUUUAUGAGGGGAAAACGUUAUCCAAACCGACCCGAGUCUCUGCGAGAAGGCGGAAGGAAGCUUUGCCCUCUCUGCUCUGCAGAACGGCUUCAAUCCAAACACAUUUCAGGGUUUCUAAGCAUAAACGGCAGGUUUAAGGCCAUAACACUGCAUCUUUAUUGGCUUUAAGUCCCUGGACUUUGACUAGGCCUUUUUGUGGUAGAAAUUAGGGGUCAUGGUUGCAUGUAUUACAGCAGGUGGUCCAGGUCCUGGAGCUGGCAAAGCAGCACCGACCGUCACAACAGGAAGUGCCUCUUCUAUCCUGUCAAUCAACAGAAUAUUUCCCUGAUAGUCUUUAGGACCGUCCAGAUGUUUUCUGUUGAAAGUAAAAGGAUAGCAGUGGUUUUAGAGCCUUUUUUCUUAAUGAAUCAUGAACUCUGACGGUAACUGAGGCAAGCGAUGUUCCUCUGGCUUCCUUUGUGGCCUCAUUGGAGUGAUUUGGCCACAUCUGGGAAGGUCCACGUUUUCUCCACCUGUGGACAGUGGUUUCUCUCCGUGGUUCGCUGUAGACGUCGGCGCCUUUGUUUCGCCCCCCCCCCCUGUACCUGAGGUCUCGCUUUUUGAGAUUUCACAGCCUGCUUCGUGUUGUCAGGCAGGUUCUGCUUAUGAAUUUAUCAAACUGCAGAUGCUUGACGCAGCUCCUGAAACUUAAAGACACGAGGAGGCGCAUUACUUUUCACACAGGGUCAGGUCGGUUUGGCUAGCUUUUUAUCUUAAUAAAUGAAAGUGUUACACUAAAUACUUUCAUUUCAUGCAGAGCCGUAUGAAAUCCCUUUGCAGAAAAAUCUAAAUGUGUUAAAAUAUGUGUCUUAUCAGAUGUGUUGAAUGUUGUCUUUGUGUGUUUAUUAUGCUAAUUUUCUUUGUGUGACUUUUUUUUUUUUUUUAAAUAACUGACAGUCUAUUUGUUUUUGUGACCUUGUAGUGAAAGCAACCCUAAAGCUCGUAGUUUUUAAGGCGACAGCUCCGGGAGCACAACCAGUUUCUCUAACACACAACGUAUGUAGAGAUAUGAGCUUCAUAUUUAUUGAAAGCAACGAGGCUGCAUUCAGUAUUUCUAUAUGAGCUACGGUCUCUUAAAUAAAGGCUUCAACACGCAGCGCUUUUCGAUGUUUUUGUGUUUUGCAGCGUUUCCUUGUUUAACCACUAGAUGGCAGCGAAGGUUCGCUUGGUUUGAUUUCUUGUCCAGUGAGGCGGAAACGCACCCGAUCUGUAGUCAAACAUUACAUUUGUUAAAAGCUUACUUUGACUUCAUGUUUUUUUUUUUUGUUAUUAUUAUUAACUUAAGCUUUGCAAAGACUCUUUAUCUGCAGACUUUAUGUGAAUUACUGUGAAACGCAUCAAAAGCAGCAUGUUUAGCUGUCCAGAGGUUCACCGCAUCUUUAUAUCUUCAGCUGUGCAAACAGUUUAGAUGAAGAAAUAUCUGCCUGCUGGGAAAUCCUGAACAAUAAACAAUAAUUGGAGAGCUCUUAAA